CAUCUCUCCUGAAAGGAGGUCUGAUGCUUGUCUGUUCAUUAUCUAAAGUGUUAGCGUGAAGAUUCAGAAGAGUUGAUUGGACGAUGCCUUCUGAGAUAUGCCUCAGUAUCCAAGAAAUGCUUACGGGUCACAGGCAUUGCCAUUCUAUGUCGCAUAAAGAUGCUGUCCUGUCUGCAUUAAACCAACAAAGGAAUGAUGGCAUUCUCUGUGAUGUUACUCUCGUUGCUGAAGAGCAAAAGUUUCAUGCCCACAAGGCUGUGCUGGCUGCAUGUAGUGAUUAUUUUCGGGCAAUGUUUAGUCUAUGCAUGGUGGAAAGUGAAGCCGAUGAAGUUAACUUGCACGGUGUGACCAGCCUCGGAUUAAAACAAGCCCUGGAUUUUGCCUACACUGGGCAGAUUCUCCUGGAACCCGGAGCAAUUCAAGACGUACUGGCUGCUGGUAGUCACUUACAAUUACUCGAGCUCUUGAACCUCUGUUCCCAGUAUCUUAUCCAGGAACUAAAUAGCUUUAAUUAUUUGGACUUGUACAAACUGGCAGACCUUUUUAAUCUAACCUUUCUGGAGGGAGCAGUGGUGGACUUUCUUGUAAAGCACUUGUCUGAACUUCUGAAGACUCAUCCAGAAGAAGUUCUUGCACUACCUUUCCGUCUCCUUAGAGAAGUUCUGAAAAGCGACCAGUUAACAUCACUUAGUGAAGAACAAAUAUGGCAGUUGGCUGUCAGGUGGCUGGAGCAUAACUGCCGCUACCAAUACAUAGAUGAACUGCUGCAGUAUGUACGUUUUGGCCUCAUGGAUACAAAUACACUUCACACUGUCGCCCUUUCUCAUCCUUUGAUCCAAACUAGUGAAAAGGCAACAGGACUUAUAAAUGAAGCCUUGGAAUACCAUGAAAAUAUCUAUGCACAGCCAAUAUGGCAGACCAUAAGGACAAAGCCACGCUUCCAUUCCAGUACCCUUUACAUUGUGGGUGGUAAAAAGCGGGAAAUCUGUAAAGUUCGAGAAUUAAGAUACUUUAAUCCUGUUGAUCAGGAUAAUGUUCAUAUAGCAGGAAUUGCAAACUGGAGUGAACUGACGCCCAUGCCAGUAGGACGGAGUCACCACUGUGUCGCAAUCAUGGGGGACUUUCUAUUUGCUGCAGGGGGAGAAGUUGAACAUGCCACUGGCCGUACUUGUGCUGUAAGGACAGCUUGUCGAUACGAUCCUCGAAGCAAUACGUGGAUUGAUAUUGCUCCAAUGAAAAAUUGUCGGGAACAUUUUGUCCUGGGGGCACUGGACAACUGUCUUUAUGCAGUGGGUGGUAGGAAUGAACUCAGACAGGUGUUACCGUCUGUAGAACGAUACUGUCCGAAGAAGAACAAGUGGACUUUUGUACAGUCUUUUGACAGGUCUCUUUCCUGUCAUGCUGGAUGUGUAGCGGAUGGCCUUCUCUGGAUAUCAGGCGGAGUGACUAACACUGCACAAUAUCAGAACAGGCUAAUGGUGUAUGAUCCAAACCAGAAUAAAUGGAUUAGUCGCAGUCCUAUGCUGCAGAGAAGAGUUUACCAUGCAAUGGCAGCAGUCCAAAGAAUGCUUUAUGUCAUGGGAGGCAAUGACUUGGAUUACAAUAAUGACAGGAUUUUGGUGCGGCAUAUAGAUUCUUAUAAUAUCGACAAUGACCAGUGGACACGCUGCAAUUUCAACUUGCUUACAGGACAAAAUGAAUCUGGAAUUGCAGUACAUAAUGCAAGAAUUUACUUGGUUGGUGGUUACUCUAUUUGGACAAAUGAACCUUUGGCGUGCAUACAGGUGCUGGAUGUUAGCAGAGAAGGCAAUGAAGAAGUUUUCUAUGGGCCUACACUGCCUUUUGCCUCCAAUGGGAUAGCAACGUGCUUUUUGCCUGCUCCUUACUUCACGUGUCCUAAUCUGCAGACUCUACAAGUUCCUCACCACCGGAUUGGCACCAUGUAAAAUGACGGAUAACGUUAAAGGAAAGCUGUAAGAGAAACGACAGGGUGCCAAAAGUAAACCCCCUAAUGCCAGUGCAAUACAUUUUGACGCAACGCUAUCAGCAUUUGCAGUGAUAUUAAGCUGACCACUAUUAAUGCCAUAAGCAUCAACUAGUAGAUUGUAAGCUCUUUUGGGGCAGGGUAUCAUUGUGCCUGAAAAUUAUGUAUAGCACUGAUUUUUUG